CAAAGUACCAGCACUAGUAAAAAAGCAAAUAUCAGAAAAGCAAAGCACCAGUAAAAGCAAAAUUCUAGCAAAAGAACAAAGCAAAUCACUACUUAAUAUCACUAGUGAAAUGACAACACAAGAAAACUAG